CCCUUUAAAACGCUGCACCGGGAGAUAUGUAGGCGACAAUAGCACAACUAACGCGACAUUUGUCGGGCCAUAUGAGUUCUGAGCGGCCCGACAGUGACACUAUUAUCAGAAGCCCUUCAUGAUGCCGAUAAUUGUGUCGGGCCGUUCAAAACUCAUAUCACUCUCCAAUGGCGUCUUGUACCAUAAAUAUGCAUCACUUGAUUACUAAUAUGGGAGUGUUAAAUUUAACUGCAAACUGCCUAUAACCAUCUUUUGGCCUUUUGAAUCCCAGGCACAAAAUAUAUUCUGGCUCUAUAGUAGGUAUCAUAAACUUAGUGCGCAUCAAUGUGACAAAAUUGAACAGCAAGGUCUAUGAUCGUAUACGAUCUGAGAUCAAGAUCCGUCUGCCUUCAACUGGCUGCGGCCUGGCUGGUCCCAACAAGCAACAUCACCUGAAGUGGACCGUUCCCGUCAGGAGCCGUCUCGCAUAUCGAGCGCCGGAGCAAUUCGAGCCCGGACUCGCACCACCGGAAGUCCAACGCUCUACCAUCUGACAUUCGAGCCUUCAUCUCGCAUGAUUUCUGCAUCUAUCUCUGCAACAUUUGCCGCCAUUGAUAAGUUGAUAUCCAUAAUAUUAUCUCAUUUAAAUAGGUCAAGUUUACUUCCUUCCACAAGAGUAUGAUUUUGCCAGUUGCAAUGACGGUCGGAGGAAAAGAUGAGAAUAUAAUUACAUAUCAUUUGAAUCGUGGGAAGCUCUAAACUAAAACUGCGUUCAUCUCGGAAAAUGGAGCUCUGCAUGUUCCCCAAUCUCCACUCAGGAAAUCGCCGUGCCACUUAAAAGCGCCCGACGCCGGUCGAUUAGGCGCAAUUCUCUUGCAAAGGUGUUAGAAGACGGUGAUAUGCGGGCUUCUCUGGUUCUGUUCGGAGUGCUGUGGGCCGGACCAUGGCGUCUGCAGCACCCCGUCCUCGCCAUGGACGUAAUGCCCGGAGUAUCGCCGCUGCUCUGGGCCCCGCUCUUUCCACCACAGUUCCAGCCACCGCCGCAGCCCCAGCCACAGCCGCAGCCGCAGCCGCAGCUGCCGCAGCCCCAGAUGCAGCUACAGCAGCAGCAGCCGCAGCUGCAGCAGGUACUGCUACCCCAGCCGGAGCUGCGCCAGCCGCUGAUGCCCCGUCCAAGCCCGUUCGGACCGGCACAGCCGACUACCAGUUUCGUGCCGGUCCUCCCACCGGCGUUAUUUGGUCAGGGCCUGCUGGGUCAGCAGCGAGGGGCGUCUCCGCCCCCACCGCCGCCGCCCCAGCAGCUGCCGCCGCCGCCGCCACAGCAGCUGCCGCAGCCGCCGCAGCUGUCGCAGCCCGUCAUCCCGCCACAGCUGCAGCAGCCACCGCAGCUGUCGCAGCCGCCGCAGCCCGCCCUCUCGCCGCAGCUGAGGCUGUGGGCUCUGCUGCUGCUGCAGGCCCACCUCGCUGCUCAGGCGCGGAUGGCGGCGCAGGCUCAGCCGGCUGCCGCCCCGGCGCAGGCGGGAGGAGCAUCGCCUGGCACUGCUCAGCAGACCUUCCAGCCAGCCUCGUCCCCGCAAAGUGGCUUCGACGAGGAUGAUGUGCCGACUCAGCGAGAAACGCUGCGGCCGGGACUUGGCUUUUUACCAGCACCUGUAACGCCAGGUAACAAACGACCGGGACUUGGAUUUUUACCAGCACCUGUAACGCCAGGUAACAAACGAACGGGACUUGGAUUUUUGCCAGUGCCGUUGCCCGCUAGACCACGUACCUUCCACGCCCAUGGUUCUUCUUUACAGCCUCGGCACUUCCAGAACGGCAUCUCUUCGGACGAUAGUCGUCAAGCUCAGAAGCAGAAUGAAUUCGGUCAGCGUAACUUCGCGGGCCGUCCUUCUAGCGUCGGUGUGAGUCAAAAUAACGACGAUAGGUGGGAGAAGGGGAAUAAUAGGCGUGUGCCGCCGAGACCAACGAACUUUGGUCGGGGUGUUCAAAGCGGUGGGGUCGGAGCCACCUUUAUCCCAGGCAGUCCCCACAGCACUGGCGGGAGAGAGCGACAGGACGGGAACUUCCACAUCAGCCGCAACCAGGGAGACUCAAACCGUCACUCGAGUCGCUGGGAUCCGGAGGAUUCCGACGAUUAUUUCGAUCGCUGGGAUCCAGAGGAUUCUGACGACCGUUUUGACCACUGGGAUCCGGAGGAUUCUGACGACCGUUUUGACCGCUGGGAUCCCGACGAUAGCAAUGAUCGCCCUGACCGCUGGGAUCCCAAAGAUAGCAAUGAUCGUGACCGCUGGGAUCCCGAAGAUAGCAAUGAUCACCGUGACCGCUGGGAUCCCGAAGAUACCACUGAUCGCCCCGAUCACUGGGACCCCGAAGACACCAAUAUUCGCCGUAACCGCUGGAGGUCAGCUGAUACUAGUGGUCGCCGGAGCCUUUGGCUUCGAAAAGAUGACUCGGAUAAAGAUGAACGUGAACGUAGAACCCAUACAUUGAACAACUUGCAUUCACUUAGUCGCGGCAAUCACGUUACCCGACAGAUGUCCAAGGGCCGUGAUGACCAAGUUACGCCAAGGCCGAAUCAUUCAACAGCCAGCUCCAAUGUACGGAAACCACAGGCGACCCGACACAGUCAUAUCAGCGACCAGGAUACAGAGGACCAGGAAGAAUUGGCCAAAAGACAAAGCUAUUGGACUCGUGCUUUGGCGCCGAGGCCCUUCGUCGGGCCGAGAGUGCCGGCGACUUUUGGAACUGCCCAGUAGCACGCGGUGGUCCUUCGGCUGAGACAGGGGUGGAGCACCGUGCUCCAUCUCAAUCAUGGAGAGAACGGGUCAAAGAAAAGAAGACCCAAAACGAGAAUGAAUGCAACAUUUUUAUUUUAAUGAGUCUGAGUGUUACUUUUCUUCACUUCAAUCGGUAACGACGUGUUUAUUUGAGCACACGCGUGUGCUGGGGUGUGGUGUAUGUAGAUACCCUUCAUGCAUUCAUAAUUUAAAUUCAAAGCCUACCUUGCGCUUGAUUUAGCUGAUCUAUUUAAGUGAGCUUAACUCACGUUCAUUGAAAUUAUUUUCAUUGAAGUGCAAUUUCAUUCAUUUAUUUAUUUAUUUUGUGACAGUGCUGGUGCGGGUGUAUUUUGGUUUGCAUGUGCAGCAUGUGUAUGGUUGUUUUCGUGUGUAGUGCAGGGGCAGUAUCAUGUAAAUCAUUGGAUGAUUGUUGGCUGUAUGAGUUGUGAACUUUUUCACCCUUUUGAUAGAAAAUAAAUGGAAACCAUCCAAAGUCA